CCUGGCUGUGGUUGGAUUUGCGUCUUCAGACCGUGCUGCUGCUGCUGCUGCUGCUGAGGCGCACCGACACACUCACGUACGGGUCCCCGGACAGACUCAGCCGCCUGUUCACUCACUGUCCCCGGCUCCACGUCCGCCGUGUCCGCCGCAGCAGCCUCCAGGUUUCCUGAGAGUGGCCACAUCUUGUCAGCUUCCCUGAAAAAACAGAAGAUUAGAGGAGGAACGACUGGAGGGAAGUUCAGACUAUGCCAGACAACCCAAUUAUCAGCAGAACGUUACAGAAAGAGGAGCACUCUGUAGCACAAUGUAGUUCUCUCUGACUUCCUCCAUGAAACAUCUUGGCUGAAUUCACUGGCCGAGUGUCGACUGAGGGACCAAUGGAGCAGGUCGGAGAGGAUCUGAACCUCUCCUAUCUGCUGGAACAUGAAAGAGAUAUGAUCCUGAAGGUGCUGCAGAAAGACGAGAAACUGAGGAAGCGAGAGGAGAAGAGGAUACGGAAGCUGAAAAAUGAGCUGCUGGAGAUCAAACGAAAGGGUUCCCGUCGGUCCCAUGAGUUGGGGGAACGACAGUGCGCCCGCUGCCUGAAGACGUUGGGACUGAUAUUCGACCGCGGAGAUCUCUGCGAGGAGUGUCAGCUGCGAGUCUGCAAUGACUGCCGCGUUAAAACUCCCAACAGCCGCCAGUGGAGGUGCAACGUUUGUGCCAAGAUCUUGGAGCUGAAGGUGGUGACAGGAGAAUGGUUCCUUGAGGAGCGGUCCAAGCGUUUCCAGCAGGGAGUGCCGAGCGGUGACGUGAUCAAACAGACAAUCCUGAGUAGCCCUAUCAUCACAGAGACAGAGCUGACAGAAAACCCGCCAAACCCUCCUGAGCCGGAGAGAUCCAACACCCCAAAGUCCAACAGAAGUGCAGUGCUCAGUGUUAUGAACGGCGUCAGGAGGAAAGGGAUGAAGAUGGAUAAAAAAGCCAACCGAUCCAACUUGAAGCCGGAGAACGAAGUCGACAGCACCAGUCUCAAAUUUGUUUCGGAUGGGGAUGCUCAAAGCGUACGAAGUGUUCGCUCUGCUCCGAGUCCACGUUCAAACAGGGGCGGUGCGGUGGCCUUGGAGUCCUCAGGGAUGCCAACGGUCCCCAACAACCUGCGUUCCAAAACUCCGGACAGAUCUUCAACUCCGAGCGACAACCGGAGGGUCAGGCCUGACGGAGCGGAGAGCGUUGCCAGCUUACACUCCAGUGACAGCACGUCUGAGAAGAAAGCUGCGGGGAAUCACAGGACGGAUUCAGGCACCCCGACCAUUUCGGUGUCCAGGGCCUCGGUUUCAUCAGAUCACAGCCGCUCAGAGAUGGACCUGUCAGCUCCUGGAUCUGAACCCAGUGACGACACCUUCAGCAACAGAAGCCGCUCGGUCCCGGGGCUCAACGAAACAGAGUUUUCUGACGACGACGUGGACGAAGACAUCGACGCCCUGAUGUCGGCCCACAGCAAGACGCACAGCCGACGCCUCAGCAACGCAGUGUCAACGACUUCCACUCCUGGCUCGGAGAGAAGGUGGUACCUCAAUGUCCCUGACUCGGAUGCCGAGACUAGUAGUAUAAACAGCAUGAUGAGUUUGUACAGUGAGACUGGUGACUAUGGCAACGCCAGGGUGAGCGGCGAGAUCCUGCUGAACAUCGGCUACAGCUACAAAACCGGUGCUCUCAAUGUCCUGGUCAAAGAGUGUCACAACCUGGCAACGGGAGACGAGAGGAGGCAACGCACGGACGCUUACGUGAAGACUUACCUGCUGCCGGACACGUCCAGACAGAGCAAGAGGAAGACGAGCAUCAAGGCCAACACCAUCAACCCCAUCUUCAAUGAGAAUCUGAGGUACGUGAUCAGCCACUCGCAGCUGGAGACACGAACCCUGCAGGUCUCCGUGUGGCACCAUGACCGGUUUGGACACAACAGCUUCCUGGGAGAGGUGGAGCUGACCUUCGACUCCUGGGAGUUUGAUUCCCAAAUCGAGGAGUGGUACGCUCUGCAGCCAAAGGUGGAGGGCAGUAUAGACUCCACAAUGCAGUAUAAAGGAGAACUGACUGUCGUGCUGAAGUACAUACCGGCAGAGAAGAACCUCAUGCUGCCUCUGGAUCAAGUACAAGUGAAGAAAGGGUUCCUGAAAAGCAAGAAGACGAGCAGCUUCACGCUGCCUAAAGGGGGCAUGGUUGAGCUGCUGGUCAAAGGAGCCAAAAAUCUAACUGCUGUCAAGUCCGGAGGCACUUCUGAUCCUUUUGUGAAAGGAUAUCUCCUUCCUGACACCAACAAGUCAACCAAGCACAAGACGGUGGUGGAGCGACGCACCGUGAAUCCACAGUGGAACCACACCUUCACCUACUGCGGCCUGCAGCCCGGAGACCUCAACAACGUCUGCCUGGAGCUCACCGUGUGGGACAAAGAAGCCCUGGCCAGCAAUGUCUUCCUGGGAGGAGUCAGGCUGGGAGCUGGAACAGGCAAAAGCUACGGGAACGAGGUAGACUGGAUGGACUCCUACGGGGAGGAACAGCGGCUGUGGCAACGCAUGAUUGAAAACCCUGAAGUCCCUCAUGAGUGUACGCUGAUGCUGCGAUCCAGCAUGCGCAGCAAGUGCAACACAUGAGAUGUGCGGCAAUCGCGUUGAUUAAUAAUAAUAAUGAUAACAGAAGGAGGAGAGGAGACGAGAAGUGAUGAUGUGAAGGCGUGAGGAGAGAGCUGGAGGAGUGGAAGCGUCCAGGACUCUCAUGAAGGAUCAGAGACCGUCCCUCUGUCUACUUCUCUCCCACUGUAAAGUCCUGCUCAGAUCCCCUCUCCUGUCCAGAGCAGCCAGUCAUGCCUUACACACUCAUCUUUGUGUCCUCCAAAGCAUCUCGUCUUGACCAAGCACUGCUGUUUACCGCUGUAUAUGAAAAAACACGUGUCGUAUGUAACUUUACCGUCCUUACCGAAUAAGCACACGGUGUGUCCGUCAUCGUCUCUGUGAUUCAUGUACCAGAGUCACAUCUGCAUGUAGUCACAGCUGACGGAGACCAUUUGUAAGGCAUUUAGACAAGGCACUGAUCAAUAACGUAGAGACUUUAGACGUUCCCUUUAUAAGCAGCCAACCUGAAGCACAUGAUGACGCUGAGAUUCAUCCAUAAACUGUUGUGUGCAGAGGUGGAAAGUGACUAGUAGUGCUUAGCUUUAUUAUUACUGCAGUAUAAUGACGAUCACCUGCGAGGAAAAGUAUAAUAAAAUUACACUUGUAGCUCAGGGUGGAUAGAAAUUGUAUGAUCUAUGUGAAGGGACCGUUUGAUUCAACCAAUCAAUCACCAGUUAAUUUCCAGCGCGCUCCAAAUUAACGAUCAUCUUUUCUCUAUGAGCUUUUAUUUAAAUAUGGUAUGAGGGGAAAUAUUAUCAAAGCUAAAUGGACUAUCCUCUUAUUGUAGGUUACUCUUGCCUGUCAAAAAGUAACUGAACAGAACAAAAUUCUACUUUGAGUGAAAGUAUAAAUACUAUAAAUAAUGUAUACUUUAGAAUAUGGUCAAUAACUUUUUCAAAUACUCAAUUUAUAAUAUUUAUGAAGUGUCAGAAGAUUUUUGAAAAAUGGCCAUUACAUUUUUUUUUAGAGCUGUAGACGACGUCUUCAAAUUUCAAAUGCUUGCAUUGUCCGACUCAAUUUAUAAUGUUUUUAAAAGAUUUUUUAGAACUGUAUGAUUUCUAGGUGCCAUCUAACAAGCGUCUUUUAUCUUGUAUUUCUUCUGUAUUUAAAAUGAGACGUGGUCAUUUAAAGAGAAGUCCGACUUAGAUAUUUUAUAAUUUGUAACUAAUAGAUGGCGGUUUCCUCAAAGAAUAAAGCUCAUCAAUUAAUUAAACAAUGUAUUAAUGUUUUCUAUUUAAGAAUCAAGAAUAAAAUAAUAAUAAUAAUAAUAAUUAAUUAAGGUUGUUUUUGUCAAACUAUUUCCAAGCUCAAGAAUAAACUUUUGGUUAAACAAAAACAGCUGUGAAGUGAAGCCUAAUGCGAAAUUGCAGUUUCUCUAACAUCCA